CGUACCUACACACAUCAGCACUUGAGAGUUUAGAGCGAAUAUCGGGGAAGUAAAUGACCAGUACAACCUUGAAGUUCAGGUUUAGUAAAUAACUUUUCGAACAAUACGCAAGUUGAUCGAUGUAAAAGAAGAGCAGCAGAGAGUUGCCUUUAUGAGAGCAUCAGUUUAUCGUCGCCGUCGAGCACCAUUACAGAGGCUAAACACAUACAAAAUGGAUCAAAACACCUUGCAGGAUGGUGCAGUCGGUGUAGAACAAAGCCCUGAGCCAAGCAUGGCUGAAAGUCAGCAAAUAAGUGGUACAGUCAAUCUGCAGGACGAAUUGACGUGUCCAAGUGCCAGUAGCAAUGGUGACUCUCGCCAAAAUUCUAACGACGCUGUCAACAAUUCACAUCAAUUGGUUGUCAUAGAUGAAGCUGGCUUGACAACUGAUAAGGCUGAUGGUGUUCCUAGGGAGGUUCUCUGCAAUCAAACAGAGUUGUUGAGCAUCGAUGAUGUGCUCAGUGAUUUCAAAAACUCCUCGCCCAUCAACAAAAAUGCUUACAUAGAUGAUGGUAAUCUUAUUUCAUUUGAUAAUAAAAGUAGAAACGCGUUAUUAUCCGAUGAUGUGAAGGACUCUGGUGGUCCACCCAAAAAUGAAACACAGUCGACCCUAUUGGAUGAUCUUAUGGAUAAACAAGUUUUGUUGAGCAUACAAAAAAGUCUUCAAGACAGAGAUAAUAAUAUUUUUGAGAAAACUUUCAUUUGUGAUGAUUCUGAGGAUCCUUCUGUAGUUUUGACAAAGUAUGCAGACAAUGAUGAAGUUAACACACAAAAUAAAACAAUUGAUAUAAAGCUACAGGAGACCGACAUCAAAAUGAACGAACCAAGUUCAGAAGUGUCAGUGACCAAAACUGUCUCUGAUAAAUUAAAUGAUCCAAUUGAUAAUACAGUUGAUAAUAAAAUCGCAGAACCUAAAGUUAAGCCUGUGGAUUUAUUAAGUAAAAUUAACCCGUCAAAUGUGUGUUUGGACAAAGAAAAGUCUGAGAAAAAUAAAAAAGUUGCAGCUAAUGCUGACUAUACUAAAGAUUCAUAUGUUGAAAAGAUUCGCAAGCCUGAUGGUGAAAUUGCUUCUAAUUCCGUGACCGACCAGCCAGGAGAUGUGAUAGACAAAAUCCAGGCAAUGCCGUGGCUCAAAAAUCCACCUUCCACUGACGUGCCAGUUAACCAAUAUUCUCGACUUUCAUUGAGAGGUCUUCCAAAAAAAGAAGAUUGUAACGAAAGUUACUAUGAAGGCACUAAAAAAAACCCUAAUAGAAGAAGACAAGGCAGAAGACAAUCAACUGCAAAUUUGGGAGAUCAGCCUCUGGUUGAGAAUGAACCGUCAGAGAAUGUGCAAAUAAUUGAGUCUCCUCAACACUUGAUUGAUAAUAGUCAAGUGAAAGAAACAAAACAGGCAAUACCAACAUUAGUCGACAGUAAUAGUGCAGUGCAGCAAGAUAAAAAGGGUACAACGUUGGAGCAAGAAAAAAUGAAACUGAGCGACAAUGAUAAAGAUUGGGACAAAAAUAAUUGUAAUCUACCAGAGAAUUUAAAAAACGUUUGUGACGGUAAUGAUGCAAAUUCAGACACGGGACCUUUCGACAAAUUUGGUAGAUUAGAUGGUCACACAGAAAAACACAUGUUUAUGGGGAAAGGAGGUCGAAGGAGAGAACAGGAGGCUUUUAAAAGUUUUUCUGAAAAUGAUCCUGGAGCUCUGAGACCUCGGCCUAGCGACGAAAUACCAGCAAAGAAAGAUGUACAGUUCAAUAAUAAUCGUGAAAGGCCGAUACAUGGAAGAUCUGGUAGUGACAUGGAUUUCGAUUCUCAAAAAAAUAAAAAUCAAAAAACUGCACCAAAACCAGAAGUUCCAAGAAGCCAACAGAAUCAGAUUCCCUCGAACAGAAGACAAGAUAAUCAAAGGACACCUCAGAGCUUACUUUAUCAAAAUCAGAAUUCUCACAGGAAUGUAGACGGCUUUGACAGGUAUCAAGAUCGCUCCUUUUUAAGAUUAAGGCAGCCAGCUCGUGACAAAUCUCAAGGUAUUUCAAAUAAAAGUCAGAUGCUUGACAACACAGCUCAGGGCAGUCGUACUGUAGCUCAGAAUAGUGCUCAGAAAGAUCAGGGUAAUAAUAAUAAUAAAACUCAAGAUAAUCAUCAUGAAGUUCAAAGAAAUCAUUAUGGACAAGAUGAUAAGAAUAGAAAUUCUAAUAGAAAUCAAAAUUAUCCAGAUAGAUGUAAAGAUGUAUCCUUAAGAAAUCGUGAUCAACAAAGAAAUCGAAAUCCCUUUAAAAAUAAUCAAGAUGCUGAUAUGAAACAAGACACUCAGUGCAGAAAUAUGCAACAGCAGCAGCAACGUGGAGAAAUAGUAAAAAAUAGAGAAAAGGCUGAAGAGUAUUGGAACCCACCGCUUGAAAAUGUUUCCAACAAAAAUGAACCGAAAAAUUCAAAAUUACCGGAAAAACAGAAAAUUAGCGUUGAUCACGCUAAGCAGGCACUUGUCAAGACUCAAGAAAAUUCCAAGUUGAUAAGUAACACUGUCGUUAAACAAGAAUCAGAAAACAAAGUAAAUAUUUUGCAAAAUCAAAGACGCGGGUCCAACAGUUCGUUGAAUAAAGUAGUUGUAGCUCCAGUUGCAGCUAAAGAACCUAAACCAGAAAUUGUUAAGUCCAAAGACACUGUUAAUCAGAGCUUAAACUCGGGAUUGAAGCCUAAUUUAGUAAUGGCGUUUGAAGGAAAUCAAAAUGUUCAGUGUGCUCUAGGUAUAGAUCCAAGUAAAUAUACACCCGUUAGCACCACCAUUCAGGCCAAUGUCAGUGUUACUACCCCAGCAUACACAUCUGUUGAUACAUCUCCAACUAACGACUGCCAUCACUCCUAUUUGGGCAUUAACAAGGGCUCUUCAAGAGCGUUUGAAAGUUUUUCAAAUGCUAAAACUUUUCAAAAUCAAGAUCCAUCUACUCAGUAUUCAGUUGGAGUAGAAACGCAAGCUGCGUCGACCAAAUCUUCUGCUUACUACAACUAUGGUGGUAGUAGCCUUUCAAAUCACCAAAUAUCGGACCUAGAGAUGUACCUGAUUGAAAAGAUAUUAAAAGAAGGGGAAAUCGUUGCUACUGCCAAAAGAUACUUGGCUACGUCAGAAGCCAAUUUAUUUGCUACUCAGUCAAAACUCGAAGAAUUGAGGUCGCACUUUAUGGAAAAUCAAUCGCAAGAUUAUAUACUUGACAGUAAUAAUCACCUCAUAAGAAGUGAGUCGGAGUGUUCUUUCCUGGGGACACCGUUCCAGUAUUCACCACAGCCACUUCUUUCACCUUCUCUGCCUAGCAAUAACACACCUUUGCCUAACCAGGAUCACCCAGGUGACGCUUUUUUACUAUCAUAUGGACAGGCACACCCAAGGAUGAAUUUACGUCAACCUUUUCAACAACCUACUACUGUAUAUAAUGCUCCACCCGGCUUUUCUUUCCAUCACUACAACCCGAGCAAUAACAACGCGCCAUUAAGUUUUCCAUUACUUGUUCCAUUGAAUAAUCGAAACAGGGAAUCAAAGGGCCCUGACAACAAAUUUUGCCAACAUUAAUUGGUUUUUCACUUUUUUUUGGUUUUUUCAUAGAUUAAUAGCAUGUUUAUAAAGCACAUUGUUAUUCAAUUAUUGUACUAUUUUGAAUUCUAGAAGUUUCUUUUGAUAAUUUACAAUUGUGCGCAAAGUCCACGUUGUAAAUUUAUUUAUUUUUUUUUUUUUCCUUCUAAACUUAUAUUUUUAUACAAUACAACUUGAGUUCGUAGUUAUAAGUUUUCUAAACGACGUUGUUUUUUUUUUAUUUUAUUUUUUUUUUGUUUUGUUUUGUUAACUGUGACCAAACAGUUUGAACGAAAGUCAAAGUUGAUACAAAGGUAUCGGUAAAUGUUUAAUUUUGAGUUUUUGUACGGUAAAAAUCAUAAGGUUAACAAUGAUCUACGAUUGUUAAGAGAAAAAAAGAAA